CCCCCCCCCCCCGAAGAGUGACUCGCUUGGGUUCGGGGAUGUCAGACUUUCGCCUGUCUGUCUGCUUCCCGGCUCCAAGAUGCUUUCACUUCCCUGGUCCGCUGGGUCACAGUGGGAUCCAGUCACAUGGCCAAGGUGAAGCAGUCGAGCAGGUCACCAGGCCUGUGGGAGUGUGCACGCACUGGCCAGACGCCCUAAGCAUGCCACCCAAGUUAUGAGCAGUGGGCUCGGGCAGCCCUGACGUCACCGCGGUCCUCCAGCACGAGGUAUUUACCUUCGAAAAGUGGCGGCGGCUGCAGGUACCGGAGGAGAGGAGCGGCCGGCAAGGGGUGGGUUUACUGGGGCUCACACCAAACUGAUCCUCGCCCAAGAGAAGCCUCAGUACUUAACUCUCGCUUGUACUUCCCACACAUCAACAGACCCCAAGUUUUUCCCUUCUCAGCAAGCCUUUCCCCGUAGGAUUAGCCUUACCUCGUGUCUUCCCUUCAGUCCAGUCUCGCUUUAGGAUUUGAGUCACUGAGUUUUGUGCCCCAACUAUGAUUUCAUCCCCGAGUACUCAUCUUUAACCCUUAAUAUCCACUUUCCAAUCUAGCUUUCCUCCAUCCUUAUCCCUGCAAAUCCUAUUCUCAUUUCCUAAUACUCUACAGAUUUUAUCUCAAACCCAUACAUACCCUUCUCCUUUUUGUGACCCAGCCCAUACCCUCACCACUACCCUGUUCCUGACGGUUGUCAUACAUCCCUUUCUGCUCAGUCUGGGUCCAGGCCCUGUGUGUCUGAAAGCAUGGAGUUUGUGUCAGGAUACCGGGAUGAGUUCCUUGAUUUCGCUGCUCUUCUCUUUGGCUGGUUCCGCAAGUUCGUGGCAGAGAAGGGGACCAUGGGGACCAACCUUGAGGGCCGAUGGCGUCAACUGGAGGCUCAGAUAAGGAGGCUGCCCCAGGACCCUGCCCUCUGGGUGCUCCACGUCUUACCAAACCGUAGUGUGGGCAUCAGCCUGGGGCAAGGUGCAGAGCCAGGUCCUGGGCCAGGCCUGGGGGCUUCGCGGCUCCUGGGAGAUGAGCCUCCACUCCACCUGAGGGACCUGAGUCCUUACGUCAGUUUUGUCAGCCUAGAGGAUGGGGAAGAAGGGGGAGAGGAAGACGAUGAGGAGGAGAAUGGAAAGGCCAGUUCAGGCACGGAGAAGGUGGAACCACAGGGAAGUGGGGAGCCAGCCCCUCCGAGCAGGGAAUUCCCCCAAGAAGCAAAGCCUCCGGCCGAGUCACAGGUGACCCAGCAAGAGACAAGCUGGGAUGACGGACGCCGCCUAGAGGACAGAGGAGAGGAUGAGAGGGCUCCUGAAAAGAGGAAAGGGCGGAGGAGUGAGGCUGCCCCCCUGCACCUCUCCUGCCUUUUGCUGGUGACAGAUGAGCAUGGCACCAUCUUGGGCAUUGAUCUGCUAAUGGAUGGAAGCCAGAGCCCAGCCACUGAGAAUCUGGCUCCUCGGGCCUAUGCUCUCCUUUGCCAUAGCAUGGCCUGCCCUAUGGGCUCUGGGGACCCCCGAAAGCCCCGCCAGCUUACUGUGGGAGAUGCCCACCUGCAUCGAGAUCUGGAGAGCCUUGUCCCGAGGCUGGGCGUGAAGUUAGCGAAGACCCCCAUGCGGACAUGGGGCCCUCGGCCAGGCUUCACUUUCGCUUCCCUCCGGGCUAGGACAUGCCAUGUCUGUCACAAGCACAGCUUCGAAGUGAAGUUGACACCCUGCCCCCAGUGCGGUGCUGUCUUAUACUGUGGGGAGGCUUGUUUCCAGGCCGACUGGCACCGAUGCCCAGAUGAUGUGAGCCACAGAUUUUGGUGCCCGAGACUUGCCGCUUUUAUGGAGCGAGCAGGAGAACUGGCCAGUCUGCCUUUCACCUACACCGCAGAAGUGACCAGUGAAACCUUUAACAAGGAAGCUUUCCUGGCCUCUCGGGGCCUCACUCGUGGCUAUUGGACCCAGCUCAGCAUGCUGAUUCCAGGGCCUGGCGCCCCCAGGACCCCCUGGGGCGGCACACCUUCCCUCAGCCACCUUCUCAAUGGUGAUCCUUACCAGCUUCUGCAGGGAGAUGGACCUGCCUUGAUGCCUCCGGUGCCUCUAGACCCUCCCAGGAGCCUCUUUGGUUCAUGGCAGGAUUACUACACGUGGCGGGGCCUUAGCCUGGACUCCCCCAUGGCUGUACUUCUCACCUACCCGCUGACUGUGUACUACGUCAUCACCCACCUGGUACCCCAGUCCUUCCCUGAGCUCAACAUCCAGAACAAGCAGUCACUGAAGAUCCAUGUGGUAGAGGCUGGGAAGGAAUUUGAUCUCAUCAUGGUGUUUUGGGAGCUCUUGGUCCUUCUCCCCCAUGUGGCCCUGGAGCUGCAGUUUGUGGGCGACAGUCUACCACCUGAGAGUGACCAGCAGCAUUUUACUAUGCAGAGGGAUGGCCCUGAGGUAUCUGUGCGUCCUGGUUCUGGGGUAUCAGCACGGCUCAGCUCUGGGACCAAGGAGAAGGGAGGGCGAAGGGAUCUGCAAAUCAGGGUGUCCACCCGGCCCUACCACCUGCUCCAGGGACCCAAGCCUGAUCUGGUUAUUGGAUUUAACUCUGGCUUUGGUCUCAAGGACACAUGGCUGAGCUCUCUGCCCCGACUGCAGUCUCUCCGAGUGCCAGCUUUCUUCACUGAGAGCAGUGAGUACGGCUGUGUGAUGGAUGAUCAGACCAUGGCGGUGGCCACAGGAGGGGGCACCAGCUCGCCCCAGCCCAACCCCUUCCGCUCCCCAUUCCGCCUCAGAGCUGCUGACAACUGCAUGCCGUGGUACUGCAACGCCUUCAUCUUCCAUUUGGUCUACAAGCCUGCCCAAGGCGCCUCUGUCCGCUCGGCACCCGGCCCUGCACCUCGACCCCCAACUCCUGCUGCUCCUCCUGUCCCGGCUCGAAGGCGCCGAGGAGAAAAGAAGGCUGCGCGCAGGCCCCGCCGGCGAAGAUGAGGGCCGAGUUGGCAGUGGUCCACUCCCUUCCCGAGCACGCUUCCAAAAGGAAAACACUCCAAGGCGCGGGGGAGGACUGAA